AUGUAUCGGCGGGCACUUUCUCUCCUUACCAUUCAUACAAUUCCCAAAAUGGCUCGUCGGUCAUCCAGAUUAGCGUCCUCAAUACCAGCGCCAACAGCAAGUGCGCCAGAUGAAAAUGAAAAGCCAGCAAAAACAUCACGCCCACCGAAGAAGGCCGUUACCAAAUCGACAACAAUAAAGGCAACACCAAAGGCGUCGCCCAAAAUUGCUACUAAACUCGAGCCUGAAAUCAUCCCCUUCCCUUCAGAAGAAGCAUUCGACGAAUUCCUCGCAGAAAAAGGCACAGCCACACCACAGGGCAUCUGGCUCAAGAUUGCAAAGAAACACACCAAGAUUCCCACCAUCACAUACGACCAGCUCAUCGAUACGGCCCUUUGCCACGGCUGGAUUGACGGGCAGCGCCGCUCGCAUUGCGACUCAUACUUUCUGCAGCGCGUUACUCCCCGUCGAAAAGGUAGCCUCUGGUCCCAGCGCAACGUAGGCAAGAUUGCCGAGCUCACAGCCAAGGGACGCAUGCGUGAUACUGGGCUGCUCGAGGUCCGCCUGGCAAAGGACGAUGGGCGCUGGGAUAAAGCAUACGCAGGACCAAAGGGUAUGAAACCCCCUGCGGAUCUUAAAGAACGGCUUACAAAUGCGCAGCUGGAUGCGCUGGAGGCAAUGUCAAGUUCGGCGAGGUAUAGUAUCCUUUGGGGCAUUGAGACGGCAAAGAAGCAGGAAACGAGGCAGAAGCGCAUUGAUGAGGCGGUUGUGUUGCUUUCAAGUUCGUGA